CCCUUCCCGCCAGCUGCGCGGCCGGUUUGAAUCGCGGCAGAAAGGCGGCGCCGCUGCUGGCAGGUGGGUCUCUCCUGAGGAGCUGGGCCGGGCCGGGGGGCGUCGGUGCCGGCGGGCACCCCGCGCCAGGCGGCGGAGGUCGGGCGGUGCGAGGCGGGGCAGGGGGACCGGUGGGGCCGCCGCCCGCCUUUUCUCCUCCCGAGGCGGCGGGCCUCGCCGCGGCUGGGCCCUGCCUGUCGCGAAGCGGGGUGCCCAGCCCAGCCCGCCUUUGGGCUCCUGGCGAAGGCCCGAGGUCUCCUUCAUGACAGAAGCAGCAGCUGUGAAGCAAAAGUAAAGGUAUUGAGACAGAGAAAGCAGAUUUGUAUCGGGGACAAUUUUAUGAUAACUUUAUCCUUAGUUGUAUAUUUAGCAGUAUAUACUGACUAGUGAAAUGUCCUCAAAGAAGAAAACAAAGAGGAAUCAUUCAGGAAAUAAAUUAAAGGAACACAAAGCCAGCUCCCAUCCUCGUUGGAAAUUCCUUUCACUAGAGGAACCAGAUGUCUCAAGGAUAUUGAAGGUAGCAGAAACAAAUCAACUCGAGGAGCUUGAUGAUUCAUUUGAUCACCCUUUGCACAGUACUGCUGUGGAUGCUUAUGGGGAGGAACAUUCACCAAACGAGUCACUUGGUCAUGUUUCAGCUCCAAAAAGGAAAAAUACGGAAAGAAGUAAAAAAGCGCAUUGCUUAAAAACACCUGAUGGGGAUGUUCAGAAAUUCAACACACCAGAUUCAGAAGAUGAGCCCCUUCAGGAGGAUGCGGUACAGAAAAAGUUGCAUGAGAGUAAGGCUCUGAAUACUACUCAAUUCCAGGUGAAAAAGAAGCGGCCUUCAGAGACCACCACAUUGGAUCCUUCUGUGAAUAGCCCAUGUUCUGUACACAUUUGGUGUCCCAAAGAGCUGAAGAGAUCUCCUACAGAUAUUACAGAACUGGAUGUCGUUCUGGCUGAAUUUGAGAAGAUGGCAGCAAAUUACAGACAGAGCAUAGAAUCAAACAUUGGCAGAAAAGCUAUCAAUGGCUUCUGUUCCACUUUCAAGGACCAAAUCACUGAUCUUAUAGCAGAAGUCCAGGAAUUAAAGAAUAUGAAGAAAAAAAAUGCGAAGGUAAUAACAAACAUCAAGAAGAAAAGGCAGCGACUGUUGCAACUCAGAGAAGAGCUAAUUGGAGUUGAACCACAACUGAUAAAACUACAAAGAGAAUAUGCUGAGUUACAGGAAAGGAAAUCUUCCUUGAGGCAGGCAACUGAAUUACUUACUGAUUUAAAGGAACUACAGCAAGACUGUUUGGAUUAUAGAGAAGAAAACCCAAGAGACAAAGUGGUAUACGGAACUUCCAGCCUACCAGCUCUUCUGCUGGAGUCACGGAGAAUUCUAGGAGCAGAAAGACACUUUCACAAUAUCAAUAUGAAACUGGAAGAGGCUCUGGAUGUACAAAGAGGAAAGUUAUCGAAGAAAGAUUAAGUGCUUUUUAAUAGACUUUGACAUUUGUUAGGAACAAUUAUUAGAAUGGACAGUGUUUAAAGCUUGUUUAAUCACUGUUGCUCUAUUUUGCUUCAAUGUUUAGUCAGUGAUUUAAUCAGAGAUUUUAUCUUUCUAUUGUCAAAUAGUCUGUGUGAGAACUUACAAUGUCAGUGAAAUUAAUGAAACAGCAAUUCCAGUUAAAGUACUAAAGCUUUUCUGUGCUCUGUUAACUACGUUGGGGUUUAGUCUUGGGCUAUUAAACUAACAUAAUCUUUAAAGCAAUAUACACUUUUAAAAGAGAACUCAUAGACUUUGGUUGAAUUAGUGAUAGAUCUUUUUAUUAGAAUUGUAUUUGAAAUAAACUAUUUUCUCCAAUU